GCAACACGCCCUGACGCUGCCGUUUGUUUACACUUUACAGUCUUCCUGAAAAGUGUCAAUCUUUUAUUGUUUUGUUUGAUACCAAAGACUUAACGUAAUGGCGACACUUGACGAUAAACUAAUGGGGGAGAAACUGCAUUAUUACUGCAGUAGCAGUAGUGAAAGUGAAGGUGAAGACGAGGAUGGGGAGAAAUCACAGUGUCCGGCUGACGAUGCGGCCGUUGAGCCAUCAGCUCUAAAUGGCAACUGCCAGUGGGACGGAACGUCUUGCAAUACUGGACCAAAAGGAGUGAUCAGAGAUUACCAACGUUUCAAACAGCUUGAGCGUGAAAGGAGAGAAGAACAGAAGGAAGAACUGGCCAAAUUAGCCAAAAAAUUCUCCAUUACUUGCAGAACAAAUGCUGAAGACGAUAAGGCUAAAUCGGAAGAAGAAAAGCUUGAAGAUGAGCUGGCACAGUUGAUGGAUGAAGCAUGCAUACAGAAUUUUGUUCAGCAAAGAAUGCAGCAAAUGCUACAUAGAGAAACGGCAGGGAUGAGGUUUGGAUCAGUCCGUGUAAUCAAGGACUGCAAUGAUUUCCUCACAGCGGUGGAUGGGGAGGAUAAGUCUGUCAGUGUCAUUAUACUUCUUCAUGAGCCCAACAGCCCUGGCUGUUCAAGUGCCAUAAAGGCACUAGAGUCUCUCUCCAAACAUUAUGUUCACCUCAAGUUCUGCACAGUUCGACCAUCUCUCAUUUCCAUGUCAGCCAACUUUAAAGCUAGUGGUGUGCCAGCCCUCCUAGCUUACAAAGCCGGCCAACUGGUCUGUAAUCUUGUUCGAGUGACGGACGAGCUCGGUGAAGAGUUUGAAAUGUGCGAUCUCGAAAGCUAUCUCAUUGAACAUGGUAUUUUAAACGACCGCAAGCUAGUCCCUCAUGGCAUUCAAGCCACCAACGAGUCAAGCGAUGAAGAUUAAAGUUUUAUUUUACCUGCCUAUUUUUCGUUACAACCCAAAAGCUAACCCUUGAUUCGAUGUGUAUUGUUUUGUGCUUGAAUGAAAAACCCGCCAUUAAAGUAUUAAAAACUUC